AACGUUCUUUGUCCACCUUAACGACGCCAUCUUGGCCAACCAUAUCGUGACACAGGAAGGUUGUAAAGUAUUCGGUGCGGUCCAGUUUAAUUUCGUGAAGACGUUAGUCUUAUGAUUUUAUUUAAAAAAAAAUUAGUAGAAGAAACUCGACCGAAUAGAGGAAAAAUUAAUACACCAGGAAAUGGCAACGGGAGCAAACGCAACCCCGCUGGGGAAGCUGCACCCGAGUAUCGGCGCUAAACGGGGCUUCGACUCGGGGCCCGGUGCUGGCUUAAUGCCUCCGCCGGGGCCUCCGGCCUCUUUCCCGCUCCAAAACUUUCCACAGAUGCCGGGUGCUGCUUUCCCAGGAUUUCCCGGGGCUGCUGGUUCAUUUCCAACCCCACCCAUUGUCGGACCGCAGUCUCAGAUCGGAGAUAUGAGUCUGAAGAAGAGGAAAAAGAGUCGCUGGAGCAGCGAGACCCCUGAUCAGAAGACCAUUAUCCCAGGAAUGCCCACCGUCAUCCCUCCCGGCCUUUCUCGUGAACAGGAGAGAGCUUAUAUAGUCCAACUGCAGAUCGAAGACCUGACUCGUAAACUGCGUACAGGAGACCUGGGAAUCCCUGUUAAUCCUGAGGACAGGUCCCCUUCUCCCGAGCCAAUCUAUAACAGCGAGGGGAAGAGGUUGAACACACGUGAGUACCGAACCAGAAAAAAACUGGAAGAGGAGAGGCAUUCACUCAUCACUGAGAUGGUUGGGCUGAACCCUGAGUUUAAGCCACCUGCUGACUAUAAGCCUCCAGCCACCAGAGUCAGUGAUAAAGUGAUGAUCCCACAGGACGAGUAUCCAGAAAUCAACUUUGUUGGACUUCUCAUUGGGCCACGUGGCAACACGCUGAAGAACAUUGAGAAAGAGUGCUGUGCUAAGAUCAUGAUCCGUGGGAAGGGUUCUGUUAAGGAGGGCAAAGUGGGCCGUAAGGAUGGACAGAUGCUCCCAGGAGAGGAUGAGCCUCUACACGCCUUGGUCACUGCCAACACCAUGGAGAACGUCAAGAAGGCCGUAGAGCAGAUCCGUAAUAUCCUGAAGCAGGGUAUUGAGACCCCAGAGGAUCAGAAUGACUUGAGGAAGAUGCAGCUGAGGGAGCUGGCUCGACUCAAUGGCACUCUGAGAGAGGACGAUAACAGGAUUCUGCGCCCAUGGCAAAAUUCUGAGCCUCGUAGCAUUACCAACACUACCCUGUGCACGAAGUGUGGAGGAGCUGGACAUAUUGCCUCUGACUGCAAGUUUACUAGUACUUAUACCCAGAGGCAAGGUGAUCCACCCCAGUCAGCCCAGGAUAAGGCCCGUAUGGAUAAAGAGUAUCUGUCUCUAAUGGCCGAACUGGGAGAGGCUCCGGUUCCCGCACCCGGUGGUGGACACAACAACCCACCCAGUGGCCCCCGAGGAACUGGACCUAACAGCAACCAGCCACCUCCAAACCGUCCUCCCUGGAUGAGCUCAGGCCAUUCAGACAACAGAAACUUCCAUGGCAUGCAUGGCGGUCCAGGUGGUCAUGGAGGUCCCCACAAUUUCCCUCCACCCAUGCCCAACAUGGGUGGACCACCCAUGCCUCCCAACCCUAAUGGCAUGCCCCCACCAUGGAUGCAACCUCCCCCUCCACCCAUGGGCCAGGGCCCUUCUCCUCAUGGACACCCGAUGGGUUUGUUGCCUCCUCCUAUGGGCAUGAUGCCACCGCCCCCACCGCCACCAAACAACCAACCUCCCCCACCCCCAUCUGGGCCUCUGCCACCUUGGCAACAGCAGGCCCCACCCCCUCCACCUACCAGCAGCAUGGCAACUAGUGCCCCGCUGCCAUGGCAGCAGAAUACCACUACCACUUCUACCCCAGCUACGGGUAACCUGCCUCCAUGGCAACAACCCCAGCCAGCAGCAAGCUCUGCUGCCCAGCCCCCUCCUCCUAUGGGAAACCCCUCCAUGGUGCCCCCUCCUCCUGGAGUUCAGCCCCCACUGCCCCCUGGUGCCCCCCCUCCUCCCCCUCCACCACCACCAGGCUCAGCAGGCAUGAUGUAUGCACCCCCUCCACCUCCACCACCCAUGGACCCCAACUUUGUUACCAUGAUGGGAAUCCCAGGAAUGCCUCCAUUUGGGAUGCCACCUGCCCCACCUCCCCCACCACCCCAAAAUUAAAUACCUCCACAUCAACCACAUACUAAAAGCUGGAGGACAACAUGACUUGGUUCUACUUGAUUGUUAAUACGGGGGGCGGGCCUGGCGUAGUUGACAUGUACAUUUGCUUAACUUAAUUUGUUUCUGAUUUUAAAAUUGUAGUGUUUGCUCAAUUGGUAGAUUAUUUUUGUUUUUUGAUGUGAAGGGAAUGGUAUGUGUGUUUGCAGGGCUUUCGUUUCAUUGGUUGGCCCAAAUUUCAGUGCUAAGUGACAUUCCAGACCAUAGUAAUUGAACAGUUAUGUUAAGCAUCCAAUUUUUUUUUCCAUGCAUUACAAAAUCAGAGAGUUUCCUCUGUAAUGAAUCCAAAAACAUUUGGCAUCCAAAAGCUUUCUUUUGUUAAUUCAUAGGUAAAGAAAAAGAGAUUUUGUUGUUUUGAAUAUUUUUGUAAUGAUAACUUCAGUUAAAUAAAAGUUGAAAUGGCUUCACAUUUACAUAGUAACAGAAAUAGGUGGGCAUAUUCUUCACUUAUGUUGUGCUUUUGCAGUUCCAGGUUUGGUUGUCUUUAGUUUUAGGAUUUAUUUUAGAAUGUCUGUGCAUAAAAGACUUGAAGCUACUUCACUCGAUUGAUGUUAAACAGGAGUUUAACUACAUUUGUAUUCCUGACUGCUUCUGCAAGAAAACCGUCCCACUCUUGUGCCCCACUUUUCUCACUGUAGUGUCUUUUCGUGAGCUCCACUCAACUCAAACAAGUUGAAAGUCUGAGGAUUUUGCCUCAAGAAAAGGAAAGCUUAAGAUGUGAUGAAAUAAACCGUUGUGUAGGUCUUUUUGCAGGAAAUUGCACCUUCACAAUGGGUUCUUCCUGCAAAAUAAUGGAAUUGAAACAGAGUGAUUUAAGAUGUGAACCUUGUCCAUUGGGUUUGUUUGUUAGGUCUUCUGAUAGUUGUCUAAAUUUGUUUUUGUUCCCCCACCCCCCCCCCCCCCCAGGCUUUUUUUUUUUUUUGCUUUGUUUGUGCAGCUUUCCAGUCCUAAAGUGUGCAACUAUUUUUAUUGUAUGUACAGUACAAAAUGGACAAAGUGAAUAUAUGUUAAGUUCCUGUACUCUUAAAAUAAAGGGGAUUCUACAUUUCUAUUAAAAUAA